AUGCCGUGGUCGUCCUCCAGCGGCGGCAGCGGCAGCUCAGCUUCGCCCACCGCCACAGGCACACCUUUAUCCACAGGAACAAGUCCCAUGCCGUGGUCUUCCUCCAGCGGCGGCGGCAGCAGCUCAACUACAGCCACCGCCACAGGCACACCUUUAUCCACAGGAACAAGAAGCGGCAUCAUGCAGCCGUCGGCCGCUGGAACUAACGCUGCUGCUUCUACACAAACAACUUCUGCUAGCUCAGUCCGUGCUCCUAAUACAGGAGCCAUCUCUGCUUCCUCCUCCUCCUCCUCCUCCUCCACCACCACCUUGAUGUUUAGCACAACCUGGAGUCCAAACAGCAACUCCGGGACCAUGAAGACAAUGCCGAUGAUGUCGUCUCCCGCCGAGGUGUCCACGUCCACCACCACGGCCGCGUCCGGCGCCGGCGCCGGGCACUCCACGAUGAUGAUGACGAUGUCCGCACACGCGGGAGGGAGCAUGUCCGGUAUGACAACAAGCACAAUGAACAUGGCAAGUCCAACUCAAACCUAA